AUGCAUAAAGUCGGCCGGCCCUCGUCGGCCAUGAGCAGCGACUUGCCCACCCCCGCCGCAUCACCCGAAAUGAAGCCUGUUCACGAAAAGCGAUCAUCAAGAGAUUCUGCAGAGCUGAGCCUGGCCAAGCGAAAGGCCGUCGCCGCUGCGACACGUCGUCGGAGAGAAGACAAGGCCGCAUCAUUACGCCGCCCCCGCGAGUCGAGGUCUCAUCGGUCUGCUACGUCAUCCAGCCAAAUUCUCAAGGGAGGGGAUGUUAGAGACUUUUUCGCCCUUUCCGACGACGACAUCUUGGAGGAGCCAGAGUUGGAGGAAGUUCCGGACACGCCGAUCAUCCCCGCCCCCCUCAGGUCGCCUCCGUCGCCUCCAACCCCGGCUUCGACAUCUUCUGCUCCCCGCUCAAGGCGGACCUCAUCGAUUUAUGCCGACGACGUCGCCAAGGAAGGAGCUCUUCAGGUGGCUCAGAUCGCCGCUAAGCACAAUUUCGACCUUGUCUACAUUGUCAACCUGUGGCCUGAGUACGCAUCCGAUUUUCCAUCAUCGCCGUACCGGGCUUCGCUGGACUUGUCCUCGUCACGGCCAUCCAGCGUGAGGAACUCACUCCUCGGACCUAUGGAGGGCCUUUCCGUGGAAUCAGCGCCAGGCAUGACAGGUCGCCUCCUCGCGGCUUACGGACUGUCAAACCUCAACAGCCCUUUCCGCAUUUCUGCCAAUGUUCAAGCCAAAAUUCUGAAGCACGAAGGAUGGAUGGAGUACCGCAGCGAUGACGCAAAGGACGGCGAGUUCGCUCGCGGUUACGGCCACGCUUUCCACACUGCUGUCGGACGCAGAGGCUCAGCCAACUCCAGCCCUCGCAGCUCAAGCUCUCAAGACAUCUUGCACAACGAUCGCGGCAUUGUCUUUGCUGCUUAUCGCUACCCCGGCAAGGAUUCCACCGCGGCCGGAUGCUCCAAGGAGGAGCUUGAGUCUCUCCGCGCCGAUGCCGAGGGGCUUGUCGACUACCUCGUGGCGAUUCACAAGGCCAGACGCCUUCGUGAUCCCAUGACCCUUCAAACACUCACCGAUGAGGAAGAAACCUUCUCGUCAUGA